AUGUCCAUUUAUGGGAGGGCAACUUUCUCUGCUGCAGGGUACGCCGCAGCCAGGCCCACGUAUCCUGCAAGUCUGUUCAAGACAAUUCUGGGGUAUUAUCAUCAUGAGGAUCCUCAUGGUACGCUGCUGGACUUGGGUUCUGGCCAUGGAAUUGUUGCUAGGGAGCUGAGCCCCCACUUUGCCAGAGCCAUCGCCAUUGACCCCAGUGCUGGUAUGAUGCAGCAAGGAAUGCAAGCUACUGCCCAGUUCUCCAAGAUCUCGUUCCGCCAGGGCAGCGCCGAGGACUUGUCUUUUCUACCGGUGCACUCGGUAGACAUGGCUGUAGCCGGGGAGUCAGCGCAUUGGUUCGACUACCCCAGAGUCUGGCCAGAGUUGUCCAGGGUAGUCAAGUCAGGCGGCUCACUGGCCUUUUGGGGGUACAAGGACAACAUCAUCAUUGGACACCCGCAAGCCAACAAGAUAUUUGAGAGGUUCUGCUACGGCGAAGGAGAUGUAUCGCCUGGGCUGGAAGGGUUGAACCAGUAUUGGGAGCGUCCCGCGCGAGACAUCCUCCGGGGCCUGUUGGCGGAUGUCAAGCCCCCUGAGGCGGAUUGGGACAAGAUCAAGCGAAUCACCUACAACGUUGACAAAGACACGACUGAGGUUGCAGACGCAAAGACGGCCUGGAUGAGGAGCAAGAUCAAUCUAGGACAGUUUGAGGCUUAUGUGCGGGCCUUCACUGCUUAUCGGGGCUGGAUGGAUGCGCACCCGGACAACAAGAGCCGUGCCGAAGGCGGUGAGGGAGACAUUGUGGACAUCUUGUUUGACCAGAUCUUGGAGGCAGAACCUGAGUGGAAGGCACAGGGUGAUCGCUGGAGAAACAUCGAGGUUGAAUCGCAUCUGCUCAGCUACCCGGUCAUCAGCGACGGCGUUCAUACUUUCGAGUCUGGCAAAUACGGCCAGAGGUCCAUCCCGUUCGGCAACGCCGCUUGUCAGACUUUCGCUGCCACCACCACGACUUGGUUCCAGAAGCCAUACCAACACCUUCUACUUUAUAUCAAGGUCGAUUCCUUAGGCGACAACAUCCUCCAUUACGUCGAAAAACAAUUCCCCAUUAUUAAAAAGCCUACCCAGGUGCUGUACAACGACACUAAGGACCUUAUCUCCCUAUCAUACCACAAAGGCCUGGAGGGUAGAGACCACGUUCCUAAAGUUUAUGACUCUGAGUAUAAGAAGAACAAGCAAGUAUGCCUUGUCGCCCACGGAAAGGCUGCAGUUACCACCGUUCUCGGUGUCAGCAAUGAGGCCCUCUCUUGGCUCAGUCGCCUGUUGCACCCGAAGAAGGCCGAGGCAACCAAUACCGUCAACUAAAAUUUCAAUCAAUAGAGAAGACCAGAUUGACGUACGUCAACACUACCACAGGACUUGAAUGGUCCAAGGCCGCUGUUGCUGGCCAUGGCAUUCUAUAUCGGCACCACUACAUACGUCCGAUUUAGUGGGAAUGGAAAUUCCCUCAGAUAGAUAACCAGAUAAUGC